GGUAUGGUACUUUUGUGAGACAUUUUAAGCAAAGGUUAUCUAUGUAAUUGACCAUCACUACUAACAAUGGAAGGCUAUAAACCACUCAAAGGAAGUUUAUAUGGAAGUUUUGGCUUUAAAUUGGAUGCGAAAGGAAUCUUAACAGACAAAAGCAUAGUUUACUGUUUCCAUUGCGAACAGAGCUUUUCCUACCACCGCAGCAAAACAAGCUUGCAAUACCAUUUGCGAAAAAAACAUCCUCUUGUCACUAAAGCUACACCUAGUGAAGAUGUAGAGUCCGACUCGGAAAUCACAGUGAUCUCUGACAACUCUAACAUGGAUUUCCGAGGGUACCCAUUGUCCAGCAGUCUGGGACCAAAUUUGAGGAGAAGGGGGGAUCGGGGACCACCAGGACUGGUUCUGGAUAGACGCAAGUCUACAGUUUGGAAUUACUAUAUCCAGCUUAAUGAGAUGUAUGUUGAGUGUAAUAUAUGCAAGAGACAGUUGUCUUUUCACAACAGCACUACGACUAUGAGGGAGCACCUUGUCCGCAAACAUAAUAUACGUGACAAUGGUCCACCUGUAUUCCAUAACACAGUGGUGGCCUUGGCCCCGAUUCCAGCUACAUCACUUCAGCCAAUGGCCCAGCCCAGAUUCCCCUGCAACAUCUCCACUACAUCUACUACUGCCAACACAUUCAUGUUCCAGCCAGAUUUGCACGUAGUUGUAAAAGAGGAGCAGCAGGAUGCUGACUUAUCUCCUGAAAAAGGGACGGCCAAACGUUCACGAAUCACAUGUGCUCCCCCAGAUGUAGGAGGCGGUGCCAAUGCCAGCCCUGUCUGCAGCCGAGAUUUGGAACCGUCAAAUUCAAAUACUGGAUUACUAUACAGUGAGAACAACCACUUUGGUGAUAGCAGUCGCAGUGGCACUUGUAUCAAGGAAUCCAAUGAUAAGCGAACUGGCUUCCUGACUGACCUAAUAUUAGAAGUGGUGUACAGGGACUUGCAGCCACUGUCUGUGGUGGAGGAGAGGGGAUUUCGUCUUCUAUUGAGCUGCUUAGAACCACAGUACCCAGUGCCAUCUCCCUCUCAGCUCGGCAGCCUUAUUUGGCAUCGCUAUGAUGUUCUUAAACUGCAACUGCAGCAGUGUCUUCAGUCUGGCCUGGCACCACGUGGCAUAACACUUUGCACUGAAUACUGGAGGUCAGUAGCAGGUUGUGAGGUGGGAGCAAGCGGCCGGGUGUUCUUAACUGUAAGUGCACAUUUUAUUGACAAAGACUGGCACUUGGCCCGUUGUGUGCUGCAGACCCGUCCCAUGACCGCUAUCAGAGAGAGGGCUUGUGGAAGUGGGUUACCUCAAUUUGGUGACACCCUAAAGGCCGUUCUCUCUGACUUCCAUCUCCCCCAGAGCUCUGUUUUCUGUGUUGUGCACGAUACUCCCAAGACCUCAGAGGCCAGAGGGACUGCGAAUAUGGGAUUUCAGAAAGAAAAUCAAAUUGCUGGACCAGGCCAAUCGCCUCAGGAUCUCCCAGAGAGCUGGGUAGCAUUACACUGUGCAGGGGAAGCCCUCAAACUCUGCAUCCAGGAAGGACUAUGGAUGGAACCUGUCAGACAGGCUCUUUCUGAGGCCCGCAGGAUUAUUUCACAUUUCCAGCAUGACACACCUGCUGCUGCCGCUCUGAUCCACAAAGCAGAAGCUGCUAAUAAAGCCGGUGCUUGUCUGGCGCUGGAUGACCCAGGGCACUGGGCAACUACUAUCGACAUGUGUGAAAGUCUGCUAGGGCUGAAAUGGGUGGUGAGCUCUGUUCUAGAGGAGCAGAAAGCUGCUCCAAAUUUAGUGGACCACCAGUGGCGUCUCCUCCAGGAGCUGGUGCCAGUUCUUAAGACCAUGCGCAUCGCUGCCUCCUUUUUGAGUGAGGACAUAAAUGUGUCCAUCUCCGCCCUUAUGCCGUGCCUGCAUGGCGUAUUCCGUGUCCUAAGGCAACACAUUGCAGAGAGCAGCUGCCCUGUGGCUCGAGGAGUCAUGGAGACCGUGCAGUCAGGAAUGGAGCGACAGUGGAGACUGGGUGAAGAGGAGGCCUUACUGGACAGCCCUGCCGUCCUCUCCUCAUUCCUGGACCCAGGUUUAAGGAGCUGCGCUUCCUCAGCCCACAUGCACGUAGUAAGCUGCACGACAAGGUUAAAGAACUGUUAUCUGCUCAAGCGCAAAUGGAGGCAGAGGAAAUGAGCAGAGAGCAUGAUAAAGGAGGUGAUAAGGGUGAAGAGGGAAGGGAAAGGGGAGUGACUAAGAUGAGAUUGAUGAACUCUCAGUCAACAAUCGUUCAUCUGCAGCCCCCUUCCUAUAAUCAAGUGAGCCCAGUGGCCAAAACCAUGUACGACAUACUGCUAGGAGAGGAUCCCACUGAGCGAAUGCCUGAGAUCCACCAACAGCUGGAGAACUACAUUGCAGAGCCUUUGUGCAAACGUAGCCUGUCACCUCUCCACUGGUGGCACUCUAAGGAGCAUCGCUUCCCUGCCGUGGCCAGACUUGCCCGUACAUUUCUGGCUAUUCCUACUACGGCUGUGGCUGCAGACAGAGCGUUUGCUCCUAGAGAGACUACUGUUGCUCAACGCAGGGCCAUUCUGGGGUCCCAGCAUUUGGAUCAUAUUCUUUUCCUUCACCAGAACAGUGACUAUGUUGGGAAACUGAUGGGAGGGUCUACGGUGCAUGGAGAAAGGGGCAGUGACAAGAAUGGAGCCAAGAAGACAAGAGAGACUCUGUAUCAGUCUUUAGUGUCCUAUGAGAGGAAACCUUGGGUGGGAGGAGAGGAGUUGUGAGCUUGUAGUCAGUAUCAUAGUAAGAACAGAGUUGUGGAUAUGCCCACUCAACAUAGGUCUGUGAGAAAAUAUCCAUCUAUUCCUGCUUAAGAUUUAGCUGAUUUCAACUCAUCUAGGUAAAGAGUUGAAAAAUCAAUGACAAGGCAAACAAAUAAUGCAGCUAUUGGGCUCAAAGGCACACUUGUGUGCCGUCUGUUUUUACAUGUAAAAAAAGUGUCUGGCCUACUAGCGUCUGGCCUACUAGCGUCUGGCCCACAUAUCUACAUGUGAGCUGUGAAUUUUCAUCAUAAGUCGUUGUAAAGUGCUUUCAAUGUGUACCAUACCAAAUAAUAUGUAUCCUAUAUGUAAAGUUGUGAGGAGUUGUUGCACUUUGUCCUUGGUUUGCAUGAAGUAAAAACACGGGUUCAGCAGCGACGCUUGUACAAUCAUUUCAGCAUGAUGUUCAUUUAGAAGUAAGAAAUGUCUCGAAUACUAUCCGCGAAGAACUGUUGCAUUAAAGGAAUGGUUCAAGAACAUUCAAACAAUUUUCAAACAAACAAAAGUAUUUAAAUAACAUUUAUUUUAAAACAACACCUGAGUGAGACAAAUGUAACUUUCAUCAACACUCACACAAUAGAGGAAAUACCACUUAGUUAAAGCCCAGUACACUUCCUGAACUACAAAAAUAUAAACGCAACAUGUAAAGUGUUAGUCCCAUGUUUCAUGAGCAGAAAAAAAAAUCCCAGAAAUGUUCCAUAUGCACAAAAAGCUUAUUUCUUUCAAAUUUUGUAUACAAAUUUGUUUACAUCCCUGUUAGUGAGCAUUUCUCCUUUGCCAAGAUAAUCCAUCCAACAGACAGGUGUGGCGUAUCAAGAAGCUGAUUAAACAACAUGAUCAUGACACAGGUGUACUCUAAAAGGUGCAGUUUUGUCAAACAACCUAAUGCCACAGAUGUCUCAAGUUUUGAGGGAGCGUGCAAUUGCCAUGCUGACUGCAGGAAUGUCUACCAGAGCUGUUGCCAGAGAAUUAAAUGUUAAUUUCUUUACCAUGAGCUGCCUCAUGUCUUUUUACAGAAUUUGGCAGUGUGUCCAACCAGCCUCACAAACGCGGACCACAUGUAUGGCGUUGUGUGGACGAGCAGUUUGCUAUUGUCAGUGUUGUGAACAGAGUGCCCCAUGGUGGCGGUGGGGUUAUGGUAUGGGCAGGCAUAAGCUACGAACACAAUUGCAUUUUAUCAAUGGCAAUUUGAAUGCACAGAGAUAUGAGUUCCCGAGGCCCCUUGUCGUACCAUUCUUCCGUUGCGAUCACCUCCUGUUUAAGCAUGAUAAUGCACGUCCCCAUGCCGCAAGGAUCUGUACACAAUUCCCGGAAGCUGAACAUUUCCCAGUUCUUCCAUGGCCUGCAUAUUAACCAGACAUGUCACUCAUUGAGCAUGUUACGACGGCGUGUUGCUGUUCCCGCCAAUAUCCAACAACUUUGCGCAACCAUUUGAAGAGGACUGGGACAACAUUCCACAGGUCACAAUCAACAGCCUGAUCAACUCUAUGCGAAGGAGAUGUCACGCUUCUUGAGGCAAAUGGUGAUCACACCAGAUACUGACUGGUUUUCGGAUCCACGCCCCUACCUUUAAAAAAUAAUAAUAAUAACUAAAUAAAGUUAAGGUACAGAUGCAUAUCUGCAUUCCCAGUCAUGUGAAGUUCCUUAUAUGAACUGUAACUCUUUUAAAUUCAUGUUGCGUUUUAUAUUUUUGUUCAGUAUAAUUUGAGUCCCGGAUUUAUGUUUUCUAUGUUACGGCAUAGUCUAUGAGACCAGUCUGCCAAACUAACUGGCCUGACUGGCUGAUGAAUUGCAUAGGCAUACUUGCUUUCCUAUUAGUCUUCUGGUUUGGCACAAGGGCUGCCAAUUUUAAAAAAAUUAUUAUUAUUCAAUUUUUUUACCCCUUUUUUUUCUUCCAAUUUCGUGAUUACGAUCUUGUCUCAUCGCUGCAACUCCCCAACGGUAGAGGGAGAGGGGAAGGUCGAGUCAUGCGUCCUCCGAAACAUGACCCGCCAAACCGCGUCUCUUAACACCCGCUUGCUUAACCCGGAAGCCAGCCGCACCAAUGUGUCGGAGGAAACACCGUUCAACUGACAACCGGUGUCAGCUUGCAGGCACCCAGCCCGCCAUAAGAAGUCUCUAGAGCGCGAUGAGCCAAGUAAAGCCCCCCGGCCAAACCCUCUCAUAACCCGGACGAUACUGGGCCAAUUGUGCGCCGCCCUAUGGGACUCCCGGUCGCGGACGGUAAUGACACAGCCUGGGAUCGAACCCCAGGUUGUAAUGACGCAGCAACACUGCGAUUCAGUGCCUUAGACCUCUGCGCCAUUUGGGAGGCCAGGGCUGACCAUUUUUAUUGGUACCAUGUGUCUGAGCUUUUUUAAAUUGUUAUUAUAUCCGAGCUUUUCUUAUUCGCCUUCUCAGUAGAAAAUUGCAUUGUUUCACUCCUCCACCCAAUCCCAAGUGAUAUGUCUGUGUUAGGUGCACUUGAACAGCUGUGGUCAACACCCAUCUCCACCCUCUGAGCAUGUCCCCGAGGCAGCAUAGGCUCAGGCAGCUCAGACCACUGUGUUCUAUUCACAAUUUACAGCUCAUUCUUUGCAGUCAAUACUUUUCACAUUCUUCUACAGCAGAAUAAGAGACUCACCAACACUUCAAGUACCUUUUUGUUCUAUAUUACUCCACCACCAUGUCUAGUGGGGGGCUGAAGGACAGAAAUUCUGAAACGCUGGAGGAUGUCAACGCAGUCACAAAAGAGCUCAAGUAUCUUUACUAUAAGAGGCUGCUUCCCAUAGAGAAGCAAUAUGGCUUCCAACACUUUCACUCUCCCAGCUUUGAGGAAGCCGAUUUUGACAACAAACCGAUGGUGCUGGUGAUGGGUCAAUACUCGACAGGGAAGACUACUUUUAUCAGAUAUCUCCUUGAGCAAGACUUUCCAGGUAGCCGUGUUGGUCCAGAGCCCACGACAGACAGCUUCACUGCCAUCAUGCAUGGGGAGGUAGAACAACUGAUCCCAGGCAAUGCUCUGUCAGUAGACCACAAAAAGCCCUUUCGCCACCUCAACUCUUUUGGAAAUACCUUCCUGAACAGAUUCCAGUGUGCCCUACUGCCAAAUCAAGUCCUGGAGAGUAUCAGCAUUAUUGACACACCAGGCAUCUUAUCUUCGGCUAAGAGGAGAAUGAGUCGAGGAUAUGAUUUCCCAGCAGUGCUGCGCUGGUUUGCAGAACGUGUGGACCACAUCAUCCUUCUGUUUGAUGCACAUAAACUGGAGUUCUCUGAUGAGCUCACACGUGCCUUUGGGGCUCUGUGUGGCUAUGAAGACAAGCUGCGUGUGGUACUGAAUAAAGCAGACAGGGUCGACUCUCAACAGUUGAUGCGAGUGUAUGGUGCUCUCAUGUGGUCACUGGGGAAGGUGUUUCAAACACCUGAAAUACUCCGGGUUUACAUAGUCUCCCUCUGGUCACAGCCACGUCUGUUGUCUGACCACUGUCAACUGCUGGAGCUUGAGGAACUGGAUCUUUUGGCGGAUAUCCGGAACCUGCCUCGACAUGCUGCCGUACGGAAACUUAAUGACCUAGUUAAGAGGGCACGCCUAGUUAGGGCCCAUGCACAUAUCAUUAACCAUCUCAAGCAGGAGAUGCCCACAGUUUUCUGCAAGGAGAGCAAGAAGCAGAACCUGAUCUAUAAGCUUCCUCUCAUCUUCUCCAAGAUUCAACAGCAACAGCGAGUACCAGCUGGUGACUUCCCUGACUGUGCCAAGAUGCAGGAACGGCUAAUGGGUCAAGAUUUCACAAAGUUCAAGACACUCAAGCCCAGCCUAAUGGCUUCCUUGGACAAGUUACUGUCCAAUGACAUUGCAAAGCUGAUGCCUUUACUACAUCAACAGGAUCUGAAGAAGGCUUCCCUGCCAGGGAUUCCGGAUGGAACAUUCUUAGAACCUUCUUGGUCUCUCUUUGAGCAAGUUACAAAGAGUGGAGUAAGCAGGGAAAUGCAGAAUGAUGAGUGGGUGGUGACAAAAGAUAAACAAAAAUAUGAUGAGAUAUUCUACAAUCUCUGUCCAAAUGAGGGCAAACUGAGCGGUACUAAGGCCAAGGAGUGGAUGGUUAGCACUCACCUGCCAAACUCAGUACUUGGCCAUAUCUGGAGGCUUUCUGAUGUGGACUGUGAUGGCAUGCUGGAUGAUGAGGAGUUUGCCCUAGCCAUCCACCUCAUUGAGGCCAAGCUGGAGGGCUAUGGGCUCCCAGGAGAGCUGCCUGCCCACCUGGUGCCACCUUCGAAACGUUUGCAUAAAGGAUUAGCUGUUUAGCUUAGUCUGGCAGGUUGAACCUAUGAUGGGCUGGGCAAAGCAAAACUAGAGAACAUCAUAAUGCAGUCAAAAACACCAACACUUUUGAAUGAAGAGAAAUAAUUCAACAAAACAUUUGUUCCUAGAAAAAAAUGACUGUACAGGAUAGAUUUCCAACAACUUGGUCAUGUCAGGCCACCCACUGAUUUUCCUUGGGAAACCUUCACUCCAAUAGAUCGCUGGAUUGUGAAUUGGACUCAUUCUGUCAUUUCUUGAUUUAAUUAUAUGUAUAUUUGUAUUGUAUUUUAAGAAAUACAAAUUACUACCAGUGAAUUGCCACUGACAACAAUUUCACAGAAAUGCAAGUAUCUCAAAUAAAAUAAUCAGAAAAAGGUCAAGGGUUACAAUUGUAUCAAACUAUGAUAAAUUGUAAGAAUACAUUGUUUUGUCAUUGACUAAUUCUAGAGAUUGUAUGGGGACAGAUUUCAAAUAUUUGUUUUUGUGUAUGUAAAAUUGAUGAGAGAGAAUUAAGAAAUGAACAACUAAUUCAGUAGUUUGUUUUCAUUUGAAUAAUAUAUUACAUCUUUCAUUGUAAAUACAUGGGUCUUAUUAAUUAGAUAACACAUGUAAUUACUUAACUCGUGCCAAAAUAACUUCACAGAGUCGCACUCAUAAAACGUGUAGUCCCCCCCCCCCCCUUUUUUUUUAAAUCACAAAACAUGCUAUUAAACGUUAUUACAAUGGUAUAGUUUGUGCAAUAUUUUAAAUUUAAUUUGUUUUACUUCAUUUGAAAUACAACAUUUGUGAGGGAGCAACCAAGCUUUUUUUCCAUUCAAUUUCAGUAAUGUCUACAUUCCAGAAGAAUUUCCCCCAGAGAGAGAGCUUGUUCUUGGAAUGUAAACGUUCCCUUAAUACAUUUCUUAUCCAGCUGGGGGCAACCAUACAACAUAAAUUGUGCCUCUAUCUUGACAUGUUUACAUUUACAUUUAAGUCAUUUAGCAGACGCUCUUAUCCAGAGCGACUUACAAUGUUCUACAAAACACAUUAGAUUUAAUGAAUUGAGUAAAUCCUGAAGGUAUUGCUUUUCAUGUAGAAUUAAAUUAUUUAAUGUAAUGUGAAGUUAUGUUUUUAAGAACAUUCUAUAAGAGAGUAUAUUCCCUUUAUCAAAUAAAUCAAGCAAAAAUAUAAUGGUUAUUUCAAAUCACUUAGGGAAGAAUAAAGACUUGUUUUUAACAAUA